AUGCUCCUUGACCCGUUGAGCAUGGUCCACGGCCAGCACAGCCGUCUUUCCAUUAGUGCAUCAGUCGCCGGUCAGCGGUGGUGUAUGCUUCUGGCAACGCGGAGAGCAUCCCAUUUUGCCGAAAGCGACGUUCGCCGCAUCGUUGGCAACAACCUGCACUCUGUGCUUCGGCACUGCCGGAGUGCGGAUGCGGACGUGGCUGCUGCCGCCAUGAUAGUGGCUUCGAUCUAUGCAGCUGAUGCCCUCCCAUUCGUGCGGCAACCUGUAGCAGAGGCCAUGCUUGCGCUGAUGGAAGAGCUAGUGAAAUCCAACGUACACGCCAACUUGCGACAGAUAGGGUGCUGUAUGCGUCCGCUUGCGAUUCUAAUGCGCUGGCUGAGCAAGCCUCAGCGCCAGAAGUUGGUGUCUCUAGUGGUAAAACUGCUGCUGGACAGUUCAGUUACCAACAAGUUGCUGGCAGUUUGGGACCUGAAGAUGCUAUGGCUGGUUGAUGAUGCACCCAGGCAAACCUAUGCAGAAGCUGAGCAACAGCUGCGGGCUUUUGCCCAUUCCGAUACAGCAGCUGUUCGGCCUGUGCGGUGGGCGCUGGAGGAUCUCUUUGACAGCAGCUGA